AUGGCCGGACGGGAGAGUUUUGCAGGUUUUGGCAUAGUUCAACAAAAUAACUAUUACUGCUACUGGCAAAGAGUGAAGCCAGAUUUCCAGCCCCGCCAGGGUUACCACUGUGGCAACUGCUAUGACCAACAGCACAGCUCUUACCCUCUUUCUGGUUAUCGCUAUGGUUGUGCUGUGGAUGGAAAAGGACACGAGUUGCUUUCUGCACAUGAGACCCCUCAACACCCAGCUGGAACUUCGAUUAUGCCUGAGGAAACUACAACUCAGGCUGGAAACCAAGAUGAAGACCCACUAGAAGAUUCAAUCUGUCCAUUUUUCUCCAUCUCCUUCACCAUCGAGAUGCUCUUUGAACCUGAUCCAAAUCUUCAUUUGAAUAUUGAGGAAUUAAACCAAGAGUUUAUGGUGAAAAGUGAAGAACUCUAUGACGCUCUCAUGAAUUGUCACUGGCAGCCUCUGGAUACAGUUCACUCUAAAAUCCCAAAGGAGACCCCAAAGUGAAGUAAGGUGUUCAUGAAGCUCCCCAACUAUCAUAUUAAUUGUAUCCUGUUUUGUUUUUUGGGGGAAAAAUUUUUUUCCAAGAAUUUACUGGGUUCUGUAUGUAAAUACAAACUUGAAGGAUUUAAAUGUGAUUUACAUGACAGAACAUAAUGUAAAUAAACU